AUGGAUACAAUUGAUAAAGAUCAAAUAGCUAAAGCUUUUGAACAUUUUUUAGCUACUGGAAAUCUUAAUUCAAAAACAAAUCUUGGUUUAAGACAGACAAGUGGUUUUUCUAUUAUUGCUGAACGUUUAAAUAUUCUUCGAUUUAUAUCACAUUUUCGUUCUGUUCAUCGUGGUGAUGCAUUUACUGAAACAAAAACAACAUCAGUUCGAAAAUUACUUCCUGAAGCAUGGGGUUUUCUAUGUGCUGUUCAUACUCCUGAUGGUUCUCUAUGUGGUUUACUCAAUCAUUUAUGUAUGACAUGUCAAGUAACACAAGAAACAACAACUAAUACAUCAAUCGAAGCUCUUAUUGAUACAUUAAUUUCAUAUGGUAUGCGACGUGUACCAUCAAUUGAUAUUGAUUGUUAUGAUGUUAUUCUUGAUGGACAAGUCGUUGGAUUUAUUGAUGAUAAUCGAGCAUCAUUAGUUGCUGCACAACUUCGUUAUGAUAAAGUAACGGGAAAUCGUCGUCGUUCGGGUGUAUCUGAAUAUAUCGAAAUUGUUUUAAUUCCAAAAGAAAUUCAUGGUUUAUAUACACUUUAUGCAGGUUUAUUUAUUUUUACAACACCAGCUCGAAUGAUACGACCAGUUAUAAAUUUAAUAACAAAAACAACUGAAUAUAUUGGUACAUUUGAACAAGUUUAUCUCGGAAUUUGUAUAACUCAUGAUGAAUUUAUACCAGGAUAUACAACUCAUCAAGAAUUAGAACAAUAUAAUUUCUUAUCAAUAACAGCUAAUUUAACACCAUUUAGUGAAUAUAAUCAAUCACCACGUAAUAUGUAUCAAUGUCAAAUGGGUAAACAAACAAUGGGUACACCAUCAUUAGCAUAUAGAAAACGUAACGAUAAUAAAUUAUAUUAUAUUACAACACCACAAGCACCACUUAUACGAACACGUGUUUAUAAUCAAUAUGCACUUGAUGAUUAUGCUAUGGGUACAAAUGCAAUUGUUGCUGUACUUUCUUAUACAGGAUAUGAUAUGGAAGAUGCUAUGGUUAUAAAUAAGAGUUCAAUCGAACGAGGUUUUGCUCAUGGUGCUAUAUAUGCAUCUGAAAUGAUCGAUUUACAAGAAUUAAUUACUGAUAAAAUUGAUCAAGGCAAACAUCAACUUGUUUUUUCAUUAGAUACAAAAAAUCCUCAUUGGCGUCAUUUAGAUGCUGAUGGUUUACCUGUUAUUGGUUCAACUAUACAACCCGAUGAAGUUCUUUGUUGUUAUUUAAAUACAUUAACACAAGAAUAUAAAACAAUACGAUAUCAUAAAAAAGAACCAGCACAUAUUAUGUCAGUUACACUUGUUGGUGAUGAAGACGGCAAAUUAUUAAAAUCAAAAGCAUGGAUUAUGUAUCGUAUUAUGCGUACACCUAUAAUUGGUGAUAAGUUCUCGUCACGUCAUGGUCAAAAAGGUGUUUGUUCACGUUUAUAUCCAGCUGAAGAUUUACCAUUUACAGAAUCAGGUCUUGUGCCUGAUAUUAUUUUUAAUCCACACGGUUUUCCAUCUCGUAUGACAAUUGGUAUGUUAUUAGAAUUUAUGGCAGGAAAAUCAGCUGUUCUACAUGGUUUAUCUCAUGAUGGUACACCAUUUCAAUUUAAUGAUGAUUAUCCAGCUGUUGAUUACUAUGGACAAUUAUUAAAAGCUGCUGGAUUUAGUUAUUACGGAACAGAAUCAAUGUAUAGUGGUACAACUGGCCUUCAACUUGAAGUUGAUAUAUUUAUUGGGGUUGUUUAUUAUCAACGUCUUCGACAUUUAGUUAGUGAUAAAUUUCAAGUUCGUACAACUGGUCCAGUUGAUGCAUUAACAAAUCAACCAGUUAAAGGUCGUCGUCGUGAAGGUGGUAUACGUGUUGGUGAAAUGGAACGUGAUGCAUUACUUGGCCAUGGUGUUGCUGGUAUUCUUCUUGAUCGUCUCCUUCAUUGUUCAGAUGAAACACGUGCAUAUGUAUGUACACGUUGUGGAUCAUUAUUAUCAUUAGUUAAAACUAGAAUUGGCUAUGUAUGCCGAUAUUGUUGUGGGUCAUCAACAAAUACUGUACAACGUGUAACUAUACCAUAUGUAUUACAAUAUCUUAUUGCUGAACUUGCUUCUGUUGGUAUUAAAACACAUUUUGAUACACAAUCAGUUGUACGAAAUUUUGUUUUGUCUUCUCAAUGA